CGGAAGUGUCGGGUAACCCCCAGCUGCACUAGAGCUCUGGGGCUCAUUUCUCACUCAACGUAGCCAGAGCCGGAGGUGGGCACCCAGCGUGAGGCCAGCGGACCAAUGGCUCUGCUCUGUGCCCUUGGUCUUGGCACACUGCUGGCCUUGCCAGGGGCCCUGGGUUCGGGCGAUGCGAAGGACAGCGUGGGCUCCAGCUCUGUCACCGUAGUGCUGCUGCUACUGCUGCUGCUGCUGCUAGUCACUGCCCUGGCCCUGGCCUGGCGCCGCCUCAGUCGCGACUCUGGGGGCUACUACCACCCAGCCCGCCUAGGCGCUGCACUGUGGGGUCGCACCCGCCGCCUCCUCUGGGCCAGCCCCCCAGGUCGCUGGCUGCAGGCCCGCACUGAGCUGGGGCCACUAGAUGACCCAGAGCAGCAGGAAGAGGAGCAGGAUGUAGAAGAUGAGGACAUCACGGAUGGUGGCCCAGAGAAGGCUGGACCCCAGGAAGAGGGGCAGCGGUGCAGAACAGGACCCCACCAGGAGCAGGCUGAGGAAGCACAGGACAGCGAUGUGGAAGGGGGCCUGGGUCUUGGCUCCCAGGGGCCAGUGGGCUCAGGGGGCAGUGCAGAGGCCCUGCUGAGUGACCUACACGCCUUCUCAGGCAGCGCAGCCUGGGACGACAGCGCCGGGGCCUCAGGGGGACAGGGCCUCCAUGUUACAGCUCUAUAGAGGCGAGCCUCAGAGUCCGGUCCCUGCUACAGCCUCUCUGCUUCCCAAGUGCCACAGUGGAACACAGCCUGCCCUGGACUUGCUGUCACUCCCCCCACCUCAUGGAGUACCUUGGACCGUCAUCCCCACCAAUUCCCAGGCCUGUGCAGCCCCACCCCCUCCAAAGGCCACCCACCCCAUGGGCAUUGUUUGAAAUAAAACCUCUUCACCCUGUG